GAACUUCUAUGCGCACUUCGUUUACCAUUUUCUACAAAGAUUUUGGUCUGUUCAUUACUCAAGACAAGAAGAGAACAGACAGCUGAUUUCGUUUUUAGUUGUGGUCGUGAUAUGAUGUGCAUUGAACACUGUAAUUUUCUGACUUUAUUUUCAUCUCUUGUUUCUUUUGUCAUUAAUUGUGCUUCUUUUUAGUAUAAACAUUACUAUUUGAUGCAUAUGGUGUUUCUAUAAGUGUAAUUAACGUAUUGCGAUUUGUUAAAAUUGUGUAAAGUACUUUUCCAAAGCUCAACUCUUGUGCGCGAGUGGUUGUUUGUAAAUGACGUCAUUUUAAUAUUUUAUCGAAAUUAGUUGUAAUUUGCAGUUACUGAAAUUUGUAUAUCCAUAACCAGGUACAUCAUCCAUAAUAUUAAACGAUAGUUUGUGCUUUUGAGAAGAAAUUAUCAUGGCUCAACAGCCUACUGGUAGUGCAGUAAGAGCGUUAGCUCUUGAGUAUAAGAGUUUACAGGAAGAACCCGUUGAAGGAUUUCGUGUGAAAUUAGCCCGUGAAGACAAUUUAUUUGAAUGGGAAGUUGCUAUCUUUGGACCUCCAGAAACAUUGUAUCAAGGUGGAUAUUUUAAGGCGCACAUGAAAUUCCCACCCGACUACCCAUAUUCGCCACCCAGCAUCAGGUUCCUAACAAAAGUCUGGCAUCCAAAUGUGUACGAAAAUGGAGAUUUGUGCAUUUCUAUCCUACACCCUCCAGUAGAUGACCCACAGUCUGGAGAGCUCCCCUGUGAAAGGUGGAAUCCUACACAAAAUGUCAGAACAAUUCUGCUCUCUGUGAUCUCACUUCUAAACGAACCAAACACAUUCAGUCCGGCAAAUGUGGAUGCUUCAGUGAUGUAUCGUAGGUGGAAGGACUCGAAAGGAAAGGAUAAGGAGUACGAAAAUAUUAUCAGGAGGCAGGUGUCGGGCGGGCGAGCCGAGGCUGAGAAGGACGGCGUGGUGAUUCCGAUGACUCUGGAGGACUACUGCAUCAAGACGAAGGUGCGCGUGCCUGAGGCCCCCCUCGACAUGACCGACUUCUACGUGGACGACUACGACCUUGACGACGACGACCUUGACGUGUCCGGCGACGACUACGACGACGGCGACGACAGCGGCAACGGCGAGUCGUGAUAACCACCUCAAUCAGCAUUAUUUAUUAACUGUAUACUUUUAUCAUCAAUCUAUCUACUGUCAGUCACUUUUCAUUUCUACGCCGGUUUCAAUCAUCGAAUAAUCGUUGAGCCGUUUGCACAGUGAAAGCUUGAAAUUACUUGAAUCAGCUGGUGGUUUAAUCUCAAAAUUAACCACGUUAUAACAAGCGAAAUACGGAUUUAAUCCACUUAAAAUUGAGAAGCCAUUUUAACUAGCUCUGUGCAAACGGAAAUCAUACAGUUAGCUGAAAGCUCACUUUCCUAUGUUGAAGAAAAUUCACUACCUGAACCAAACAACAUAUUAUUGUCAUCAAUGUCAUUUCAUCCUACCUGUACUUACUAAUCAAUUAUUUAUUUAAUCAAAUUCUUGUUCGGAUUGAUAGUUAUCGUUUUUGACUAUUAUUCCUGUACCCCAGUCAAUCUAUCCCAUCAUUUAUUUAUUAAAAAUUAUUUCUGGCAAUUAUUGUUUUCAUACAAUGUAUUCCAGUCGUCCAAUGAUAUUGAGCUUCAAUCAUUCGGAUAUUUUUUCAAAUUCUAAGUGAACGUCAUGAAAUGACUACCUUGUUCAUAUUAUUUUUAAUAUAGGUUGGCUUUUUGAGUCUUUGAAUUUCAAUAUCAAUAUCAUUGAAGCACCUAUUGAUCUCUCUCCAUAGACCUCGUUGAUAUUUGUUGUUGUUCAGUGCUAUUUCUCAAAUAGCAAACCCACCCCUACGAUCUAUCUUCAUAAUACCUCUCACAUAGAAUUAACAUUAUGUUGAUAGGAAGUUGAUGUUUAAUGUACUUGUGAUUGAAAUAUACAGUUUUCAAACUUCACAUAAGGAUUACCGCCACUUUAUAUUCAAUGUUGAUUUUUACACUCAUAAAUCGAAAACUGGAGAUCAACAUUCUUAAUAAUAAAAUACUUACAUAAGGUUGUUUACAUGGCAACUUUGAUUCGAUGAUUUGUUUAUUAUUAGAUUCCUAAUAAUGUUAUUGUUUUGAUAAAAAAAAUUAGGUGUACUCUUGAUUUAUUUGAUCUAAUAAAAUAUGUGUAAUGUGUUUUUGGUCUUGUUCUAUCUCAGCUCUUGUGGUUGUAUAUGUAUGUGUUUAUCGGACUAGUUCUAUCCAUACAAUUAUAAUUAUUUGCUAUGAUGUAUAUAAGAGAUUAUAAGACUUACAGUAACUGUAAGUUUUAUUCAUGUUAGUAUUGGAGCGAUGCUAUAUAAGUUUCAUGAUUACAAGAACUCUUAUUUCAUUGGAAUUAAUUCAAAUUAACUAAGUUAUAAUAGAAUAUUGAAGCAUUAGUCGAUGGAUUUUUGUUCAAUAUUUGUAGUUCAUGAAUUUAUCGCUAGUGAAUUUUAGAUAAUGAUAAUGUAGUUAUGUAAUGUAAGAAAUAAACGUUAAAAUUUAUUGGUCCAUUAAAAAUUGUGUUUUUAUAAACUUGAAUGUAUAGUACUUUGAUGAAAAAUGUCGAAUUUAUUAAUUAAUGAAUGGAUAAAUUUUUAUAAAUGGAGCCUGGGAAAAGAUCUUUGAUUCGUAAACUUAAAAUAUCACUAACUUGUAAUCGAUAUUUUUUGUAUAAAGUAUUCAAUUUCGUUUCGAAUUAAAAAAUUUAAAAGUCU